AAGAAGGAAAAAUUGUAAAGAAAAUCAGCUGAGACAUUGACUGAAUAAGAAAAAAGAAGGAAAAAUUGUAAAGAAAAUCAGUUGAGAAUUUAAAAUUCAGUAGAGUUGUAUUUUGAAAGCGAAAUCGGAAUCAUCCAAUGUGCUGAAAAACUGCGUUUAAUGAGUCAAAAGUUUUUUAUUUGAUUUCAGCAAGUGUUAAUUUUUUUUUUUAAAUUUCUGCGGUGAGAGAAUGAAAGGAAUGACAAUCCCGAAAUAUCCUAAUAAACAAUUGGUGGAAGUGAAACACAUUCAUGUGCAGGACAUCUAAAAGAUCGAUUUGGCGUUUGGAAAGUGGCCCCGUCUUCUCUCUCCCUAUCUCUCUGUAGUCGCUUGACUCGCUUCUUCUCUGGCCGAAGGCUUCUUCUGAUGUCUCCUCCCACCUAAGACAGAGAGAGAGAGAGAGAGAGAGAGAGAGAGAGAGAGAGACCACAGGCCCAUUCUGGUUCAUUCGAUCGCUGGAUAUCUUGUCCACAGUGAGGGAGAGGAGGAAGGAAAUGGGCAGCGGCAAAAACCGGUGGAGGAUAUCCUUCCACUUCCGUCAGCAACGCCAGAAAGCACCACCGCUCGAGUUCCUCUGCCCCAUCUCCAACGCUCCCAUGGCAGACCCCGUCAUCGUUCCCUCCGGCCAGACCUUCGAGCGCCGAUGCAUCGAGGCCCUCCUUGCCUUACCUCCCAACCACCACCAACAACAACUCUUCCCGUCAACAGCCACCACCACCACCUCCACCCCAACUCUAAUCCCCAAUAUCGCCCUCAAGACGGCCAUCGCCAACUGGUGCCGCGACUCCGGCUUACCGCUGCCAGACCCGCCGGACCCCGAGACGGCCGCUGCUCUCGCGCACAAUUUUGUAGAAACAUCCCCAACGACGGAGGACGCUUCCCGCGUCCCGGACCCCUCCGCCGAUCUCUGCUCCACCUCAGAAAUGGAGUCCCGAAUGGACUGCUCCGAGUCGGGGUCGAAAUCGUACAGAAGCAGCGGCGAUGCCUCUCUCACCGCCUCCGAAAGUGAUCUGCACCUCGUCCCCAUCGAUUCACCGGACUCGAUUUCCCGAAGUAAUCUGACGCCCGACGACUCCAUUGUAGGUCUAUCCGACUCGGAACAGAUCCUCAACCGAGUCCAGAGCGACCCGGCCGUGGAAUUCUCCUACGCAGCAACGGAGGUGAACCGCCGGUUCGAUCGAUUCGACUCGUCAGACUCGGGCUUCACCUCAUCGGCCCGUCCGCUCGAACUGGCCACGAGGCCUGCAUGCCUGUCGGAGUCAUUCGGCUCGGUUUCAAUCUCGUGCGGUACUUCUGGUGAGUCGGAUGGGCUGAUCGCGAAGAUGAGGUCCGGAAUCGUCUCAGACCAGGAGGAGGCCGCCGUCGAGCUUCGAAACCUGACACGCGAGGACCGCGACGCGCGUCUGAGGAUGUGCACGCGCGAGCUGCUCGCUUGCCUGGCGGCGUUAAUGGCGUCGCGGUACGCCGGACUUCAAGUCAACGCCGUGGCCGCCUUCGUCAACCUGUCUCUGGAAAAGGUCAACAAGGUCAAGAUCGUACGCUCGGGAACCGUCCCGGCAUUGAUCGACGUGCUCAAAGGAGGACACGUGGAGGCACAAGAGCACGCCGCCGGAGCCAUCUUCAGCCUGGCUCUGGAGGACGAGAACAGGACGGCGCUGGGCGUGCUGGGCGCGGUCCAGCCGCUGCUCCACCUGCUCAGCUCCACCCUGGACGGCCGCGCCAGGCUGGACGCUGCAAUGGCGCUUUACCACCUGUCGUUCGCGAGGGGCAACCGCACCAAGCUGAUGCGCGCAGGCGCGCUGCCGAAGCUCAUGGCGCUCGCUCGCGGCGACGAACCGAGCCUGGCGACUCGAGCCGUGCUCAUCCUCUGCAACUUGGCAGCCGGCACGGAAGGCCGGGCCGCAAUGCUUGACGCCAACGCGGUCGCAGCGCUCGUAGCCUUAAUCGCCGAGAGCUGGCAAGGGACGGGGGACGAGAGGCACUUGGCAGCGAUUCGGGAGCACAGCGUCGCGGCGCUCUGCCUGCUGGCGCGAGAUACCUGGCGCUUCAAGGGCUUGGCACGGGAGGCCGGCGCGCUGGAGGUGCUGACGGUGGUGGCCGAGCGAGGGAGCGACCGGGCAAGAGAACGGGCGGGGAAGUUGCUGCUGCUGAUGAAAGGCGCGGCGGCAUCAUCGGCUAGCAGAGAUGCCGACGCCGCCGAGGAUGACGGCUUCGACCUCACGGAGCAAGCUGCUCAAGCUCGUGCGCGCCACAAGCGUCUCAUACUUGGGCCCAACUCCACAGAGUUUUGAGCCUUUAUUCCUCCAUCUUGCUAUACAUAAAAGCGUGUUCGUUUCUUUUUUUUUUUGUUUAAUUCGGCAAAUUGGGUACAUGCUGUUAUAUAAUAUAUGGCUGUCUUUAUAAUUUGCUUUUA